AGAACUCGCCUUUGUUUCCACCGCGCCGCCGCCGCCGUUGCCGUCUGCCGUGCCGUCACUGCCGCUGGAUAUCUUCCGUCCGAUUCGUUCUCCCGUGUUGUUUGCGCUCCGCGAGAGAGAACAAUGUCCCACGCAGCAGUCGCGAGCCGCGCGUUCCACGAGGGAAAUGUACGUCUCGCUCGUCGGCUCGUCGGCUGUUGAGACAACCGGCGCGACGACGAAGAGCCAGAAUCCGCGAACCUAACCUGUACCAGCCGCCGAGAGACGUUUAACCUGAAACGCCACCUCCGCCGACGUCGGGGACCGUCGUCCCGGAUAUCCGAUCGACCCGAAGGCACACUCGGACCUCGUCCUCUACCUUGACUACCAGGAGGAAGUGGUGCGCGUAAUCGCGAUCCCGGCGCGAGGAUGGCCGGCGACAACGAGCUCUGGGUGCAGUGCUUCACGUGCUGCCUGACGCCACGGGCGACCGGGAGGAGCAGCAGGCGGAACACGGGCGGUAGACCCUCGCACCAGAGGCUCAGGAUAGACCGGAGCAUGAUCGGCGUGCCCACCAACUUCAGGCACACCGCGCACAUCAGCAGCGGCGACAUCGACAUGUCGUUCGCCCAGCUGGCCGAUCUCCAGGCGCAGAUGCAGAGGAAGAGCGGCUUCGACAGCGAUUUCACUGCCAAGGCAUGCUGAGGAUGGCCUCGCAACCGACGUCGCAGCGGGACAUUCAGCACAGAGACAGAGCGAGAGCUUUACGAUGCGGCAGAAGGACGCGAGACUAACGUUUACUAAUUUAAAAUCCAUGUUCCUUACUCGUCCGAGGGACGAAUGCAUUUCUCCCGUAUGGACACAUGCAUUUUGUACGAAAAUCCGUUAGGGAAUUAAGACAAAUGUUUUUUUUUACUUUUUUACAUACACUGGGCAAAUCUCUGACUUCCAUUGCACGGAAAACUGCCAGAAGUUAAAUAUGUACAAGUAACCGUUCACAAUUAUAUACCUCUAUAUGUUUGACUGGAGACGCGUUGCGUCUAAAACCUUGAAAAUAUUCUAUAAAAUGUAUCCCACAUGAAUCAUGUGCCUUUUCGCCGGCGAUCCGAUACAUAGAGAAAAGCAUGUGUACACGCACGAAGCGAAGAAUGGAUCGCUUUAUUUGUAAAAUUACUUGUAAGAUUUAGAACAUAACAAAUACAAAUAGUGUAAUUAGCGUAUUAAGUAAAUUAAGUAAUCGUAUCACAUAAUAUAUCACAUAAUAAUAUAA